GCUGUGUAUUCCUCUCCCCGCUCUCUCCCCCAAAUUGUGCCCUAUCCAUCCCAAUCACCAGCGAUGAUGAAUGCCUCCUACGUGUUCUCCGGCGAGGUUAAGGCCGAGGCCGUCGACAAGAGCUCCGGCACGGCGGACCUAUUAAAUGUCUCCGUCAUGGCCUCCGACGAGGGGAAGGGCGUGACCGCCGGCAAGAUCUUCAGCCUGCCGGAGUAUCCGCGCGUGGCGCGCCUUCGUCACCGGCGCCUCAUGAGCUACCUCUGGUGCCAAGGCUUCGACGACUCCUACAAAGAGCUCAUGAACAAGACGCGCGCGUACAUGGACCUGCAGCACCUGUGCGACCUCAUCCAGGUCGGCCGGUGGGCCGACGCCGUCGGGUACGCAGACAAGUUCCUGCCGCCGUCCACCACCUGUCACAAGAGCUUUUACGCCUUUGUCUUCCGUCACUUCCUUAAGAGUCUCCACGGGUUCGCCAACGCCGCCGCCGGCAAAGGGGAGAAGUUGCUGCCCAAGGACUACCUCCAACUGAACCACGAAAGAGCCGUCAGCCACGCCGAACUGAGGCUCCGCUCCAUCUGCAUGUCCGUAAUCGACCGUUUCAGGGCCAACAUGAACUGGCGGAGAAUGCAGAUAAAGGCAUCGUCUCUUGUCGGCUCGCUGGCUCAUCGCGUUCCAGAGCUGCGAGGCUGCCUCUCGCUGCCGACCACCGGCUUCAACCCACCCCAUGUACUUCCCAUUGCUUCCGGUUUGAGGAGUCAUAGGCGUUAUGUGAAGCAGAAAAAUACAGGAUCAGAAAAACAAAAAGCUGUCAUCAGGGCCUUGAAGAGGCAGUGUCGACGUCAUAUGAGUUCAAAUAUUGAGUCGGUUGACGAAGCAAAGGAAUUGCUGGCGGAUCUCCUUGAUGCAACUGUACGAUCUGGCUUUCGAACGGUAUCCUCUGUUCCAAGCCAUCCACUUGAAAAUGAAGGCGCUCAAUUCCUCCAGCCCAUCCCAGGUACCUUCACAGAAGCUAAAACUUCUGGGCCAUCGACAAAUGCAGGCACGAGUAAGCAUGAGGGCGAAGCAGGUUGUCACACCAUCACUGCUCGUCAGGAGGAUUCAGAUGGGAGAAAGAAUUCAAGGGAUGAACUUGCAACGGCUGAGCAAGACCGUGAUUCGAAACGACAACGGUCAAAUGGGGCACCUCGUGAAGCAACUCUGGUCAUGCCAGGGUAUUGUGCUGUGGAGAAUUUGAGCGCCAAGCCGAGUGGCGGAGAGACGGCCGCUCCAUGAAAUACCCAUUCUGCUGGAGCGUUUGGCUGACCCGUUUUACCUCCUGCUUGAGGCCUGCGAGUCUCCUGGAACUUGUGACAAUGUUUAUGAUGCAACUCUGUUACCAACUACUAGUGCUUGUGUUGGGACUAGUGUCGAUCACUUAUAUGCCACUAAAGUAUGUAAGCUGCUGAGUAAUGGGUGAUGCUAUGUACUGUAAUGAUGAACUCGGGAUUUAUUGCUGCUGGAAUGGGAAGAUCUGUG